CAAUUGUUCUUUUCAAUUUCGGUCGUGACUCGUGAGGAUUAUUAUUGAUGAGUGAUUUUUGUAUUGUAAUAAAACUUUUAAUGUUUGAUUGUCACUUGAGAGUGAGGUUUGAAAAAAAAAUUACCCGUGUUUUCCUUGUUCGAUUAUCGGAUUUUGGGUAUUAAAAAUAUGAUAAAUUUUAACUAAAAGUAGUUAUUGUGUUGUAGUCUUGUAUUUAUAAAAAGAAGCUCACCUUAUUCGCAAUUUAAUGAUGACUAGAUAUGAGAAUAAGGUGGAUUAUAAAUUGUAAAUAAGUUUCUAUUGGGAGUAAUUGUAGGGUAGCGUCAAUAAUUGAAAAAUAAUUACUUUUAGCGGCGUUUGGUUGAUGGAUAAAAUAAUAGUGAGAUAUAGUAUGGGAUAAAUUAAGAUGGACUUUGUCUAACAAUUGAAUUUUAUUUUGUUGUUUGGUUGCUAAGAUUUUGUCUAAGAUAAUUUUAGUAAUGUGUGUGGUUGAUAAGAUUGAAAAUUAGAUUAGUACACAUUUAAACUUAUUUCAUAUAUUAUCAAAUUCAGAAUAUUUUUAAUUAAUGAACUAAUUAACUGCUUUGAAAUUAUGAUUCGAUGAAUAUCAGGAUUGAAGAAGCGAUAAUUUUUAGUAAAUCAUGACAAUCCCAUCAAUUUUAUUAAUCGAAAACAAUAAAUAAUAAUUAAUUAGUAAAUAAAUGUAUUACCUAUUUUUCUUAAAUGUGUUCCUCUUCGAUCACAUGUAAUUGGUCGCCCAAAAAAAAUAUCAGCAUCUUAGAAUGAAAUCUUUUUUUUAAACCUCUUAUAAUGGAAUCGAUAUAAGGAAUUAUGUACUUUUCUUAUAAAAUAAAAUACUUAAUCUUUAUUUACAUAGAGUGGGAAGAUAGAGAAAAAAUGGAGAUGUAGACGGGAGAUUAUAAUUGUUAGGGGGGUUGGGUAGAGAUGAAUAGUCACACGACUUGAGCAUCAAUAAUGAAAAUUAGAAUUGGGCAGACGGGGCCUGAACGCAGGCUUUUGGAUUGAAACGGGCCAAAUUUAAUUUCCAUCUUGGCAACCGAACCUAGGAUAAAAAACAGAUGAGACCUUUGUCUCGGUAACCACGCCCACUUUGUGAAUAUAAAUUAAAAUGGAGGAAUGAUAUGCUACAUACUUUAUAUACUUUAUGUGAAUCAUUCUUAUUUGCCACACGUUAUUUAUUUUGAUUUAUACUUUUGUGUUAAUUUUUCAUAAGUUGAAGAGACAUGGCAACUUAUGCACUUCCAAGGUUUGUCGUGCUAAACGUCCCAAAAGCUGGCACAAACACUUACGUAUGUAGCAAGAACGACGGCCUCGUCAUUGACGGAGAUGACAGCAUGUUCAGCCCACAUGUCAAGAUUGAAAUCGAGCGCGCAACGGUUGACAACAAAUACAUUCACCUCCGAUUUUCUUACAACAACAAAUAUUGGCAGAAAAAUGCAGACGACAACUCCAUCGUUGCUAUAUCAAACAAGCCAGAAGAGGACACGAUGAAGUCGUCGUGCACGCUCUUCGAGUCGAGCCGCCAAUCGGAUGAGCUCCACUUGACUCACGUCAAGACCGGUUGGCGCGUCAUGAUAAACAAUUCUACCAAGGCUUUCUACGUCGGCAAAAAUAGCGUCGGCGCGCCUCUAGGGUUUGCGGAUUGGGACACAUUGGUUAAACUGCCCCAGCACGUCGCUUUCAAAGGAUACAACGGGGAAUAUCUGAAAGCGUAUCACCAUGAAGACCUUAAUUACCUCCAGUUCGGAUCCGACGAUCCAAUCGGCACCUUAUCCGGCCACAAGGUCUCACUAAUGCGCGACGGCCAUGUUCGGAUAAAGUCUGAUUACUGGGGUUUGUUCUGGCGGAAUGGGGGCAACUGGGUAUUCGCAGAUAGCGACGACAUCACAGCCAACAACAAAGACACUCUCUUCUGGCCAAUCAAAAUCGACGACGAUAUUAUCGCACUCAGAAGCGCAAGAAACAACAACUUCUGCAAGCGCCUCAGCACCGAGGGGAAGAUCAGUUGCCUUAAUGCAGCAGAGUCCAACUUGACAGGCGAGACGAGAUUGGAAGUGCAGGAGCUGGUGAAGGAGAGAGAGAUCUACAACGUGAGGUAUCGGAUGGAGGACGCCAGGAUAUUCGGGGUGUAAUAAUGGAGUGCUCAUUUCAGUUGGAAGAAGCUCGGCUAGAAAGGAGUUCGGUAAGCUCGGCUUACCGAGCUGAAACUAGCCUGGAACUAGCCGAGAAGAAGAAGAAGGCAGAAGUCGGUAA